UUUUUGGUUUUGGUUUUGGUUUUGGUUUUUUGGGGUCUCAGCUGGGGAAGCUGGAAAGCUGAAAUCCGAGAUCUGAGCAUCAACUGUCGUGUCAUUUGCUUUGUUGUCGUGCUGUCUGAAGAGCCAUCAAAUCAAAUUAUAUAUGAAUUUGUCACAAGUUGAAAGCGAAAGCCGCACCGAUCGGCCCGGCAGACAACUCUAUAAAGGUUUCCUUUGUUGCAGUCGACAAACGGCAGUUCCAGCAUCAGCAUCAUCACUCGGCAUCCCAAACUCGAGACGCGAUACUCGACUUUUUUCCCAGAGGAUCUCUUUCUACAGGCAUUCCAAAUGUUGCGCAUACGCAGUGUGAGCCACGUGCUGCUGCUCGUUCUAAUGGCAAUCGUUGUGGUGACGGCAAAACAGGAGAGUUCAACGCGUCAAUUUGGUGGCCAGAACUUCGGCAACGGCUUGGGUCCCUCCUUCGGUGGCGUGGGCGCGGGUGGUCUGGGGCCUGGGGCCGGGUUUGGACCCGGAUCCGCUGCCGGAUAUCCGGGACAAGGCGGCUACGUACCACCGCAGCAGCCGGGCUGCCCGCUGUGCGACUCGUCGGUUUACUCGUACUGCUCGCACAAGAUGGUCCACGAUGCCUGUUGCUGCGAUUUUCCAGGCGGUGCCCCGCAGUUGAGACCGCCCCAGUGUUUGUACUACGACUGCUCGCUGCUGUAUGCCAAAUCCUGUUACGAGCACGCCCUCAUCAAGAACUGCUGCUGCAAUAAUCCCUACUGACGCGCCCAUUUAUCGGAAAAAUCGAGAAGUAUAGGGAAAUUGGAAAUGGAAAAUGGGUAAUGCGGAGCGCCAAGUGAUUUGUUUGCACUUCGGCUUCAUUUAUUUAUUCAAUCCAUUUAAAAUGCAUGUGCGCAGCGCGGACAGCUAUGUUUUUAAAUCAAGUUUGUGCGAUUGCUUGAAGCGCACUAAAUUAAAUUAAGUAAUUUAUUUGACAACCAAAUUCUUUUGUGCCUGCUUACUUUGAAUGUUUUGAAAAUUAAGGGGUUAAUCCGAAACUUAAAUUGGCAAAGCAGCGAACUUAGCCAUAAUAUUUAAUAUAUAUAUAUUAACUUGAUUUGAAUAAUCAAUACAGCCAUGUUUAAUUGCAAUUGCCAAUGAAAAAUUGCAUUGGUUUCAAAAUGGGAGCCAUGUUUUUGGGGUAAAUAUGAUUUAAACUUUUUCGAAGCCCUUAAUUAAAUACUUUCUGCACUGCAUUUGCCCAUUUGGACGCAAACUUGUUCGCCGGAUUAUUCGGCAUUAAUAAUGUGUUCAAUUAAUUCAUGGCUUUUGUUUUCAUUUCAC